AUGAGAAAAUUCUUUUUUGGGAUUUUUAUUCUACUUUUCUUAGAAUCCUAUGGAAAUGGGCUUAAAUUGACCAAGGAGCAGCUUCAAGAAUAUGAGGGAAAAAACGGGAAAAUUUAUUUCGCUUGUGGAGGGAUCAUUUUUGAUGCAUCAAACGAUAAAAGUUUCAAAGAAGGAGGCAAAGAUCACGGAUUUGCAGGAAAAGAUGCUACAGUCGCCUUAGCUAGAAUGGAUUAUGAUAAAAAGUGGAUUGGGCUGGAUCCUGAAGAGGCAGAACUUUCACCAUAUAUGAAAAAUGCAAUUGAGAAAUGGAUUGGUGUUUUAAAGGAAAAGUACCAAGUUGUUGGGGAAUUAGUAAAAAAUUCAUAUGAGAGAGUUGAUAUGUAG